CGAACAGGAAAGCUACAUUCGCGUGCAAUAUUCUGAGCCAUGCAGUGCAUAGGGCGAGCUCUGUCAUUGUCUGGAAGAUUCGUUUCUCAGAUGUCCCGGGACGUCUCGCAUUUGGCAAGACCGAGAUACGGUGGACUUUUGAAUGCGUCAAUGCUGCCGUUCUCGAGCCGUUGGUCAUUUUGCUUGACCGAAGUGCAAAUGAUGGCACAGAUGGGACGGGUGCCACUGGCAGCUUCGAGAUCACAAACUCCACAGUUGCCUUUUAACCUGCGAGCUUUUUCAACAAGGAAUAUUGGAGGAAGGCUCUUCUACAAGAGACGGCCGAAAAUGGUGCCCAAAUGGAAGUUCAAUCCGCGAUCUAAAUGGCUGGAAGGUGCUGGAAACCGGAAGGGUGUCUGCACAAAGGUCUUCAUCCAGUCUCCAAAGAAACCGAACUCGGGCCAGAAGAAGGUUUGUUACGUGCGCCUCUCCAAUGGGCGUGUUGUGAAGGCAUACAUUCCUGGCCAGGGUCACAACCUUCAGGUGCACUCGGUGGUCAUGGUCCGAGGGGGUCGCCGAAGAGAGCUAAUCGGCUGCAACCUGACCUGUAUGAGGGGCCAGUACGACCUUCUUCCAGUGAAGAAUCGCGGGAGCAAGCGCUCGAAGUAUGGUGUCAAGCGGCCGAAUCUGGAGCCAGUUCGAGCGCGGUGGAAGAAGCCUGAGCAUGUCAAGAACCGGACGACCAUAGUCGAUCGACGUCUACACUUCUACAGGACUGGAGAGAUGCUUGAUGAGAAUGCCGAUCUUUCCUCCAAUAGGUUUCUGCCUCCACGGGUUCCAAGCAUGACUCUACGCCGUCCAAAGCAAAAGACGACGUGAGUUGGCUUGAAGCCUUGACACGGCGAC